AUGAAACUCAUCGUCAAUGGCGGCCUAUCCGUCUCAGCAGUGAUACGGCGACAGACGACCUCGUCUCACUACCGGGCUUUGCGCCGGAACACAUCGACCUCUACUACCUCGUCCCAACCCACUCCGGCCCCGAAAGCCGCGGAUGCCGCCAAAUCUCCCACGUCGCAGCCGCAUCCACACAGUUCCGCAAGUGCGUCGGCGGGAGCUGCGCUCCCAUCGAUACCGGAAGCGUCGUCUCGGUCGCUCCGGCAAAUUAUAAAAGCAAGUCCGCUAGGGCAGGCGGUGGGAUGGUACAGUCGUCAGCAGCACACGCGGCCGUAUUGGACGCAGAUGUGGAGUACGCUGGUGAUAUUCUUCUGUGCCGAUCUUUGCGCGCAAUUUGUGGUGCCCAGCGAUGAGGGCUCACAGCUCGAAGGGGAGAAGGAUGGGACCGCGACGGAUGACGUUGCGUCGAGUGCCUGGUCGAGAUAUGACCCGUUAAGGACGGCGAGACACUUGACGGUGGGAGCCGUGGCUUGCAUUCCGGUGUAUAGAUGGUUCAUGUUUCUCCAUCACCACUUCAAUUACGCUUCCAAAGGCCUCUCGAUUCUCACCAAAGUCAUCGUAUCACAAUCCGUUUUCACACCUACCUUCAACACCUACUUCUUCACCAUGCAAUCUCUCCUCGCCGGUGCGUCGCUCGAGGAUACCUGGGAGCGAGUCAAGAAAGCAGUGCCCAACAGCGUCAUGAACAGUCUCAAGCUGUGGCCCGGCGUCACCGCGUUCUUAUUCCUCUAUGUUGAGCCACAGUUCCGCAGUAUCGUCUCCGGUGUGGUGGCUGUGGGGUGGCAGACGUAUCUGAGCUGGUUGAACCAAAAGGCUGCUAAGGAAGUUAGGGAGGCUGCUGCUAUCGGAGCGGGGGACCUGUUAGAAAGUCCCACCCCACGGAAUGGCGCAGUUCUUCAACCUUCGUGA